GUAACGUUUUCUUGGCAGACACAAGAAGCUCACCUCUUACUGAAGUAAGCUAUUUCAUAGUUUCGUGCACAAAGAUACCGCUAAAGAUGCAACGAUCUGCUCCCCUCACUUCUAACUUAAAUGAAGAGCAAACAAAGCAGCUCUGUGACCUGCUGGGGAAUGUAAAACUGUCUCUUCUCUACAAAGCUUCAGUCCAUGGAUAUCAAGCUUCUGCCUUCCACCAGAAAUGUGACAAUGAGGGUCCCACCUUACUUGUAGCCUACAACCGUUCAGGCUACAUCUUUGGUGGAUACACCAGUGUAAAUUAUUCUCAAAGUGGCCGGCAAAUUACAGAUAGAGAUGCUUUUCUGUUUAGCAUUCAAGGCAAGAUCCCUGUCUACAGCAAAGUUAACCGUGGACAUUAUGCACGCCUUGAUGAUGCUGGAAUGCCCAACUUUGGCCAACAGUUGUACUUUUGCCACGACAAAGGCGAAAUUGUGUAUGAGGAAGGAGGUAAAUCAUACAGUUUUAUGGCUAAAAGACUGCAUGGGAAUGAUACUGAGCUGACUGAAUGUGAGGUCUACAAAGUCAAAGAAAUUCCUUGCUACUCAAACAGGAACCAGGUGAAGCCAUGGAGGAAUAUUCAGUUGACAUCUAUACAAAGAGAUGAGCUCAUGGAAGUGAUCAGGAAUCAUAAACCCCUGGUGACGUCUGUCAGCCGUGUUCGAAUCCUAAUGAUUGGUCCUGUAGGUGCUGGAAAAUCCAGCUUCUUCAACUCCAUCAACUCCGUCUUCACUGGUCAUGUGACCAACAAAGCCAUUUCAGGAUUUGCAGGCACUAGUGUCACCACACAGUUUCGCACAUAUCCAGUGAGAGAUGGUCGUCAGGGAAAGCCGUUGCCAUUUGUGUUGUGUGACACCAUGGGACUGGAGGAGCAAUCAGGUGCAGGACUGGACAUUAAGGACAUCAGGAGCAUUCUUCAAGGCCACGUACCAGACCGCUAUAAAUUCAACCCCUUUGCACCGUUUCAACCUGAUGAGCAAAAGAAGUCCAGACCUGCAUCUCUACAGGAGAAGAUCCACUGCGUGGUGUACGUGAUAGACGCCAGCAAAAUCUCCCUCAUGUCUGAAAAAGUAGAGGAAAAAAUUGCUGUGAUACGCAAAGAAAUAAACUCACUGAGCAUUCCCCAGAUGGUCCUGAUGACAAAAGUAGAUGAAGCAUGUCCUCAAGUAGAGAAGGACCUUUACCAGAUUUAUCUCAGUUCCUACAUCAAAGCAAAGGUUCAGGAGGUGAGCUCUCGGUUGGGUGUGCCGGUGUCUUGUGUGUUACCGGUGAAGAACUACAGUGAAGAGUUGGAGCUGGAGUUCAACUGUGACGUCCUGCUGCUCACCGCUCUACAGCAGAUGCUUCGCUUAGCAGACGACUAUCUGGAUGAUGUUGAUUUAUUUUAGGCCAUAAUGUGCUGCAGUGAUAGCGUUUAUACUUCUGGAUCAGCACAAUGACUCAUCUUAAAUCAGAAGAUUGGUAUUCUCCACUGUUUGUCCAUUCUAUAUAUUUCAUAAUCAAACAUAAUAUUAAUUUAUCACUUAAUCUGUAUGUUACAAUAUUAUCAUCGCUUUUAUAGUUUCUUGUAAUAUUGUUGUGCCAUGAUAAGGGUGAAUGAUGUGUUAGUACUGCAAAGAAAAACAGAGACUUCAAUAUGCUAAACUAUGUAUAAGCAUAAAAAAUAGCUUCUUAUGAUUCUUUUUGAUUAUUAAAAGUGCUGACUUUUUGAAUCUGUGCCGGAACCUUAAAAUUUCUUUUAGGACUGUAAGCAAUUGAUUAUACACACAGGCCUACGACUAACCUUUUGUGUGUGUGUGUAUAUACAUAUAUAUACUUGAUUACAUUCAAUUUAACAUUUUUAAUUACAUAUUAAAAAU